AAAAAUAAAAAGUGAGUCACAAGGAUACGGAAAUUAUUAGGAGCAAAUUAUAAUAACGGAGGGAAAAUGUGGUGGUGCGUAAUUGGGACGACGAUUAUCCUGGUGUUAGGAUUCACCGAGGUUCACCCACAGCUUGAUGAUAUAUUGUUGGAACUCGAUAAGCCGAUACCUGUGAUCGACGUGGUGGGUGUCGCGGGUGACAAGGUGCAGUUACCGUGCGACGUGCAGCCGACAGAUCCAGACGACGCAAUAUUCAUGGUGUUGUGGUUCAAGGGGGACGGAAUGGAGCCGAUAUACAGCUUUGAUGUCCGGGAUCGGCAGUUUUAUUCCCCGUCCUUGUGGUCUUCGCCAGCUGCCUUAGGGCCCAGGGCCUUUUUCGUCACCGCUUCGAAUCCGGCCCACCUCAGCAUCGACAGGCUCGAGGUUAAGGACGAAGGAAUCUACCGGUGCAGAGUCGACUUCAAAAAUUCACCGACCAGAAACCAGAAAAUGAAUUUAACCGUGAUUGUCACGCCGGGGAGGCCAAUUAUACUUGACGGAACAACGAAGGAUAUAUCGAGGAUCGAGGAGCCCUACAACGAGGGCGACGACGUGAACCUCAUCUGUGAAACGAGGGGCGGUAAGCCCCCGCCAAGGCUUACUUGGUUCCUCGAAAACACGGUGAUAGAUGAGUCUUACCACUACAAAACCGACACCGGGGUUACCGUCAACCACUUGUCAUACCCCAAAGUUGGCAGGCAGCACCUCAAGGCGCGGCUCAUUUGCCAGGCGAGCAACACCAACCUCGUUCAGCCCCAGUCGAAGCUUCUGAUACUCAACGUCAACCUGAAACCAUUGGUGGUUCAGAUACUGACUAAGGAGCCGCGCUUAUCGGCGGACAAGAAGUACGACGUCGAGUGCAGAAGCACUGGAUCCAGACCGAUGGCUGUGAUCACGUGGUGGAUUGCAAACAGGCAGAUAAAGAAGGCGAAAAAUUAUUCCGCGGAGAAUAACCAGAGUCUGAGCAUUCUGAGCUUCGUCCCGACGAUCGACGACGACGGUAAAUACCUGACAUGUCGAGCAGAGAAUCCAGUGAUACCGGAUAGCGUGAAGGAGGACAAAUGGCGACUUGACGUUCAGUAUCAGCCUGUAGUAACUCUGCGCAUGGGAUCAACUCUGAAUCCUGACGACAUCAAGGAGGGUGACGAUGUGUACUUUGAGUGCAAGGUCAGGGCCAAUCCGAAGGAGUACAAGCUCGCCUGGUUCAAGGACGGUAAAGAGAUGAAGAAUAACGUGACGGCCGGCGUGGUGCUAAGCGACUACUCUCUGGUACUUCAAGGGCUUACACGGAGUUCCGCAGGCGAGUACACCUGCCUGGCUGCUAACAGCGAGGGAAAGACUGCCAGCAACUCUGUACCUCUUCAGAUAAUGUUUGCCCCAAUAUGCAAAGAAGGUAAGGCUGAAAACGUCGUUGGAGCUUUGAAGCAGGAGACAGUGUCGCUGGUCUGCAAUGUCGAGAGUCGACCACCGCCGUUGACCUUCCAUUGGACUUUCAACAACUCUGGUGAACUCGUCGAGGUUGCUCAGCCCAAACACGUCAACGUCCAGCCUCCGGGAACUCCAUCGAUUGCUGAGAGCCUUAGGGAGUAUCAGCGCUUUCAUGGACCACGUCUUAACUACACUCCGUCAACUGAACUCGACUAUGGGAUGCUCGCUUGUUGGGCUAGCAAUCAGGUCGGAAAGCAGCGCACUCCCUGCCGGUUUCAGGUGAUAGCAGCAGGGCGACCGUAUCCUUUGCACAAUUGUACGGCCAACGAGUUAUCGGCGCCUCUGGAGUUCGAGGAUUUGGGACCAAAGUCGGGUUCCGGUUUGGCGGUUAAGUGUAACGAAGGUUACGACGGGGGUCUUCCCAUCCAGGCAUACCAGAUCGACGUUGUCGGGGAAGAAGACGAAGCGUGGAUCGUCAGGAACAAAACCGUGCCUGCUGGAUCUCACGGGCCCAUUUUUGAGGUCGCGGGACUCACCGCUGGACGAAGCUACCGCAUUUUUCUCUACGCGGUCAACGCCAAGGGCAGAAGCGAGGCCACGAUUUUGGAACCUGUCACAUUGAAAGGGGUCGCCAUGUACACCACUGGGAACGCCGAUGCCUCGAUCCUGAGUCCCGUCCUCCUUGGCUUGGCGGCGACGGCCACGCUCCUCGCUCUGGCCGUGGCCGGAGUUCUGGCUGCGCUCUACCGGAAGCACACAACCGGAAGGGGCGGAGGACAGAGUCCGAAGCACGCCCCGAUCGCCAGGGAGCCGACUCAGGCCGGGGUCACGACUCCGAUGCACCCCGGAAGCAAGCAGACGCCGGACGACAUGGACCCCGACAUCAUCCCCAACGAGUAUGAAAGGAGACCCUUGACGUAUACGCCUAUCUACAAAACUCCACCGCAACGUAGAAGAAAGGAUUUACGUUUGGGCGAUGUCCUGCCGGAGGAAAAACCUACCGUCCAACGGAAGGUGGACCUUCAGCCUGAUCCACGACUCGCCGAGAUUGAUUCGAAUUUUCUUCAGAAUCAUCAUCACACUCUUCAUCAUCAGAACACUUACACCCAGCCACCAACGAUGGCUGAUUUCAAACAGAUGGCGAUGGACGCCUACAAUCAGCGAAACAAUCAAAACGUAUACUACAGCCUCCAGAGAUCAAACAAGGGUGUUGCGGGUCUUCCCCAACGGCCGGUGUCGUCCUCGAUAUCCGCCCACGCGAAAUUUCAUCAACCGGAAGUUGUUACCAGAUCGAAUCGAAUACAGGAAAGUUGUAUAUAAGGACGAUCGACGAAAAGUGCUAUCAAGACGAUGUGGAAAAUUAUAAUAACCGACGUCGGAAUAAAUGUCCAAAACAAUCGACGAAACAGACUUUUGAAUAAAAGUAAAGAAAACAAAAAAAAAAAAAAAA